AUGCAGGCUUCGUUGCCGCUGGCGUGUUUUUUGUCAGUUAUACGUCCGCCGAGCAUUCAGUUUGAAUCUUCCCUGCUGCAAAUAGCGCCCGUCGACAAAGUCAAAUGCCCUUUCGUAAGGGACAUCAAUGAUGUGCUAUUCCAAUUAUACACGAGACACAACCCAACAGCAGCUCAAGGCCUGCUGAUAAAUGAUGACGAGCGUCUUUACGCGUCAAACAUCGACUUCAAUGAUCACACAGUUAUCAUCUUCCACGCCUUCAUGGAAACACCAGAUGAUGGAAGCGUAUUGUGGUUAAGAGAAGCGUUUGUACCACGAGGAGACACGAAUGUUAUCAUAGUUAACGCGCAGACCCUAGAAGCAGGUCCUUGGUACAUCAGGGCGGCGGAAAAUACUUGGUACAUAGGAAGAAUUGGUGCAUUGUUCAUUGACUAUCUGGUGUCAAGAGGGCUAAAAUUAUCAAGAACCCACCUAAUCGGUCAUAGUCUUGGAGCUCAGUCAGCCGGCGUCGCUGGUGGUUCAAUACAAUCAGGUAAAGUAUCCCGUAUCACUGGUUUAGACGCAGCCCUACCCUUGUUCAACAAACUACCUCUGAAACAACGACUUGACCCCUCGGAUGCGGAAUUUGUCGACGCUAUACAUACAGAUGCGGGGAUAUUUGGUUUCAAAGAUCCGGUAGGUCAUGUAGACUUCUACCCUAAUGGUGGCAUAAGCCCACAGCCGGGCUGUGAGUUGGAAAAUGUGGUGCCACAACAGCAAUUGCUAUUUGACGUUUUCUGCAGUCACUGGCGUUCGUACAUGUUCUUUACGGAGUCCGUAACAAGACCAUAUAGUUUCGUGGCAACGCGUUGCGGAUCGUACAGAGAUUACGAGAAUGGUUACUGCGCUGGAGAACCAACUACCCACAUGGGCCUUGCCGUUAAUAGAACGUAUGUUUGA